AACUUGUGUAGACGUGGUGUAUUUUCAGUGUUGUGUAUCGGACGUGAGCCAAACGAAAACCAAACGAAAACUAUGAAUUGGGACAAUAAAACAGUGUUAAAAUUCCUGGAGUUGUACCAAAUUAAUUCAUGUAUUUGGGAUCCACAGCAUGAAUCUCAUAAAAAUAGACAAUGUGUUAAUGACGCUUGGAGUAAUAUCAAGGAAAAUUUGGGGUUAAGCUGCAGUAUUAAAGAUUUGAAAAAGAAGAAAGAGUCCUUAAUGUCAGCCUAUAGAAACUAUAAGACUAAAAUAAGGAAAUCGGAAAGAUCAGGUUCUGGUUUUGGUGAUGUUUACCAACCUACAUGGUUUGCUUUUUCCUUUAUGGAUGGUUUUUUAGGAUCAGUUUACACUUGCAAAACAUCUCGAAGUACAGAGGAUGAAGAAGUGAUUGAAGAUACAGCUAUAACUAGAACAAUUAUCACAACCGAUGAACCAAAUGAAUCCAUUAUCGAAUCCAAACCCACCAUAUUACAAUAUCAAGAAUCAUCUUCCAUUACACCAAUACCACCAGUUAGAAGACAGAAAAAUCCAAGAGAGCUAAUAGAAGCUAAACAACAUAAUAUGGGAAAUGCCUUCAAUUUUAUGAAACGAGUUGCCCAAGAACGGCAACACCCAAAAAAUGAAGAUGAUGAAUGCAGCAUCUUUGGGCAGCUCAUAGCAAGGAAGAUACGGAAGCUAUCUGAAGAACGUAGAGAUAUUAUGAUGGUUAAAAUUAACCAGCUAUUUGUAGAUGAACACAUCCUGAAUAGGGAUAACGACAAGGUCAAAGAUUAACUGUCCGUCUAUCUGUCUGUCUCCAGGGUGUAACUCAAGGUCAAGGAUUGAUAUAGCUAGAGAUAAGAUCAUACUUCCCAACACUAUUUAUGAUGGUCCAGCUGAUA